CGUAUCGAAUCGAAUGUUGAUUGAGUCUGCAACUGCAACGCAUGUCGGAACUUUUCUAAUUUAUUUGUUUGUUGUAGAUCGAAAUAAAUAACUUACCUGUUUGUAUCUGUAAGUUCUUUGUUUAAAAAGUAAGGAGGUUUGGGAUGUUAAAUUUAUUAUGAUAUUAGUAUUAUUAUUUUGAUACUGUCUUGAACUGUUUACGGUUACAAUGUCGUUUUCGUUUGGAGCAAAUCUUUCUACGCAAGGCACCGGUUUCGGUUCCGCCGCUAAACCAUCUUUCUCAUUUGGAAGUACAAACACUGCUACCACCAGCACUGCUGGAUUUGGUGGAUUUGGCACCAGUACAAGUUCAUCAGGUUUUGGUACAUUUGGAGCAGCUACAAGUACAGCUACUCCAUUUGGUGGCUUGGGGUCAACUCCAGCCUCAACUGCUCCCUCACUCUUUGGGGGGACAGGAUUUGGUGCCACAGCUACUAAACCCACUACAGGCUUUGGUACUGGUUUUGGUACUAGUACAUUUGGAACAGGUACAACUACAUUUGGCAGUGCUGCACCAACAUUUGGUACCAAUACUCUUGGUGGCACAAAUACGUUUGGAAACACAGGAGGAGGUUCAUUGUUUGGUGGAGGUACUACCUUCGGUUCAACAUUUGGAACUAAACCGGCUACCACUGGCUUUGGAGGAUUUGGAACUGGUCUUGGAACAACAACAGCUUUUGGACAGACUCAACAGCAACAACUGCCACAACCACAGCAACAGGGACCAACAAACGCACACGAGGCCUUGGUGGCCGCAGUUUUUAAUUGUUCUGUGUUUGGAGAUGAACGGGAUCAAGUUUUAGCAAAAUGGAAUUUGCUACAAGCACAGUGGGGUACAGGAAAGGCUUAUUACAGCCAAAAUGCUCCACCUUUGGAGUUGAACGAGCAGAACCCACUCUGUCGCUUCAAAGCAGUAGGUUAUUCUAAAAUUAGCGGGCAAGACGACAAGGAUGGACUCGUCGCGCUGCAGUUCAACAAACCUGAACAGGAAAUAAAAACAAACCAGCAAGCAUUGAUUACAUCUCUUGCGAGCUUGCUCGGCAACAAACCUAAUUUAGCUGUCAACAUAGAAUCUGUUAAGGCAGUCUCCGAAGGCAAAACUCAGGUGGUGAUAUACGUGGUGGAUAAGAACGCCAAUGGCUCUCGUAUAUCGGCACGCGAAGUGUCUCAGUUCCUGGGCGCCGGCAGCGCGCGCGCGUCGCUGUCGGCCGCCGGCUGCGGGACCGUGACGCCGGUCACCGCGCCCUCGCAGCAGAUGCUCAAGCAGUACCUGCAGACUCCUCCGCCUGGUAUGGAUAUGAGGCUUUGGAAGCAAGCUCAAGCGGAUAAUCCUGAUCCUGAAAACUAUAUUCCAGUGCCAAUCAUCGGAUUCACAGAGAUAAAGUUCCGCGCGCGCUGCCAGGCGGAGCAGGCGGCGCUGCAGUCGCGCUGGCUGGCGACGUGCGCGGACACGCUGGGGACGCUGUGCACGCGGCGCGUCGCUGCGCACGCGCGCGCCGCCCAGCUCGCCGCCACGCUGCACCAGCACAGGCACACCGUGCUGCAGGUGAUAGCCCGGCAGGAGCAGAUUGGGCGCGUGGGCGCCGCGCUGACACCUGAGGAAGAAGACACGCGCGCGCGUCUGCACUCGCUGGCCGAGCAGCUGGCCGCGCCGCCGCUCUACAACGGUCGCCUGAAUGAACUGUUGUGUGCGGUGAGACUGCAGCGAAGCGCCAGCGCCGGAACCGCGCAAGAGCGGUAUCAACUAGAUCCAGGCGCGCAAGAAGAUGUGAAACAAUUCCUAACUUUGCAACAGAAGGGAAUGGCGCACCUGAUGGAGACGGCCAAGAAAGACCUGGAGGCUCUCAACAUAAUAGCAGAUGGCAUGUCCCGCCUCGUGAGGGCGUAGAACUUGUAACACUAUGUUAGUAUUUUUUUUUUCUUAAUUAUAUUUCUGACCUUCGUUUCUUUCUAGUUAUUUCACAUUUCAUAUUUGUGCCACAUUUUGUAUGAUUAUGUAAGUAUGUUGUUUAUUUACCAACUGCAUAAAUUUUAACUGUUAAUGAAUAUAAUUAUGGAAUAAAAACUCAAGCGAUUUGAUUUUAA